AUGCAGGACGCGGCCAGGAGGCAUGACGAAAAUUGGAAAGUCCCCGCCAACUUCAGAGCCGAGUUGAAGAAGGACGUGUACAUGUACUUGUUGAGCCCCAAGUGCCCCUCGUACGUCCAAUCUGCGUGUAACAUUAUGAUGGACCAUUGCAGGCGGAGCCAUGUGCGCAUGCACCUCGAAGAAGAGUGGUUCGAUGACGAGACAAAACGAGCCGAGAUCUUUUCAACGAUCUCGAGAACCUUAACGGACCGGAGGAAUUUUGUCCAGAACAAGCUACUAUUUUCCAUGCCGUCACGCGCUCCGUACCCAGCCCCAACAUAUACAUCGCAAUGCAUGAUAUACGGAUGUAGUUGGGAGAAGUAUUUGACGUCGAACCUGGUUGUUGUACAGGGUAAAUUCACCCUCAAACCGUGGCCGUUCGAGUACGACCUGUCGCACUGGGUCCGAUACGCUUUUCUUCGAGAGAUCAUGAGGCAGCACUCCCAGCUCGGUGACACCACCGUAACCAACGCCCAGGGAAAAGAAGAGAAAGUGCCUAAAGAAUACUUUCUGUACGUGGAUCACUGCAUGAAGGCUGCGAAGGAGGAGCACUGAAAGGAUCAAGUGACCUGGAGCGCGUUCAUGCGUCUGUUCUUGCAGCAGGACCUCGAGACAUAUCCUGUAGGCAAAUCGACCCCGAGCAACACCAAUACACCAGGAGUCUGGAAAUCAGCCUCUCAGAUUGAAACAGCGGCAGCGGCAGCGGUGGAAUUCGAUAAUCGUGAGAAGGGCACGGAAUAGAUCCCAUGAGUGUUAGUAGUUGGGGGUGGGGUCGAAAGGGGGACAUCCAAAUAUGAUUUGACCGUAACAUGCGUAUUAUAGUAUUACCUAUUAUCUGAUUGAC